AAGAACAACAAGAAAGAUAAGUUUGUCAUAAGACUAAUAAAGCCGAUCUUGUUCUCGGUGUAGUCGGUUCGAUUGUCAGGCCGGAAUCGUAUAACGCAGUGCAGAGUUACAAGGUCAGAUAACCAACCAAUCAAAUCCUACAUAAUGACUAUUCAUGCCAACUUAGAAUAAUAUUAUUAAAAACGAAGGGAGAACACUCUGGACGUCUUCAAAUGCAGUGUGUUGGGACUUCUGUGAAAGAAAGAUUUUUAUACGUCUACAACUAAAAAGUGCUGGUACAGACCAUAACCUUCAAUUGAAGAAGAGACACAGAAUACUUUUUUUUUCCCCAUUGAGGACCUGGAUGUGUUUUUUAGACUAUCUCAAGGCGGGGGAGAUAUGUCGAUGCUUCCAACUUUUGGUUUUACUCAAGAGCAAGUGGCAUGUGUGUGCGAAGUCCUCCAGCAAGGAGGUAACAUCGAGCGGCUCGGCCGCUUCCUGUGGUCAUUACCAGCCUGUGAACAUCUGCAUAAAAACGAGAGCGUUCUCAAAGCCAAGGCCGUGGUGGCUUUUCACAGGGGCAACUUCCGCGAACUCUACAAGAUCUUGGAGAGUCACCAGUUCUCUCCGCACAACCACCCCAAACUGCAGCAGCUGUGGUUAAAGGCUCACUACAUCGAAGCCGAAAAGUUGCGGGGGCGGCCGCUGGGGGCCGUGGGUAAAUACCGCGUUCGGCGCAAGUUCCCAUUGCCGCGCUCUAUCUGGGACGGCGAGGAGACAAGCUAUUGCUUCAAGGAGAAAUCGCGCAGCGUCCUGCGGGAAUGGUAUGCACACAACCCGUACCCUUCGCCUCGGGAAAAGAGGGAGCUUGCCGAGGCUACCGGCCUCACCACAACACAGGUCAGCAACUGGUUCAAGAACAGGAGACAGAGGGACCGGGCCGCCGAAGCCAAAGAAAGGUACGAAGAAAACAGCGAGAACUCGAAUUCCAAUGUUUCAGCCGGCGGCCACAACCAAAUGAAUCCUUCAAUGAAUGGGAACAAAAACAUGCUAGCGAGCUCGGACGAGGAAAAGACUCCAUCCCAAACGCCAGAUCACACUUCGAACAGCCCCGCACUGCUAUUGGGAUCUCUGGGCCAAAGCUCCAACUCCAGUCUGCAGCCAUUGCAUUCUCUGGCCGCACCCCCGGGUCCUAGUGCCGUUGCGGUACCCAAUUCAGAUGUUAUACACCAUCAUGCUUUACAGGACUCUAUGCUCAAUCCCAUGUCGUCCAAUUUAGUUGACCUUGGCUCGUAAAAAAAAUACAAAUUUCCUUUUAUCUUCGAACAAGUAAAGACACUCUCAAGAUUAUCCUUUAUAUAUUUUACUUGACAUUUAAGCGAUGUGCAUAAAAAAAAACUAGCGGAUAUUUUGUCAACCAAGGGAAAGAAUGAUGGAUAUAGCAAUUCGAGUUUUAAGGUACUGUAUUAGAUCACAUAAGAGAUUGGUGCAGCAAAGUCUUAAGGUUUGUUUUAUAUAAUGGAUGAUGAUUUGUUUAGACAGACACGUUUUUAUUGUACUGGUCACUAAUUCACGAUCUGGAAUUCUUGCUCCCACUUAAAAUUACACUACAUAUCUAUAUAUCCAGGUUAACAAGAGUGAAUAGGUUUGUAAUCGCGUGCAAAGCGAGCAUUUUAAGUUUUGAUAAAAAUAAUAAAAAAUCACGCUGUAGGAAGAUCAUUUACCUGUAGGUGAAACCUGUACAGAAAGCUGGCUUUCCUGUAGUAGAAUGCGUGGAACGUUUAAUCGCAGCUGUAUUGGACUGAAACAAAUCAGUAAAAAAAUUAAGCAAGCAUUAUGAAUUAUAUCGGUCUACAAGAAGGAAUACUCACGCGCUGGAUAAGAAUUGUUUUAUUACUGUUUAUAUUACGUGACUACAACCUUUGGGGGGGAAAUUCUGCUUAUUUUAUAA